CCCGGGGACGCCGGCCCCGCCGCUCUGGGCGUCGCUGCGCGCCCGGGCUCGGCGCGCCCGGCCACCAAUGGGAGGGGCGCGCCCGGUGCGCGCGCCCGACGCCGCGGGGUCCCGGCGCGGUCCCCGGGACUGGCGGGGGAGGCAGGCCGAGGGGACGCCGCGCCCAAGCCGCGCCUCUGGAUGGCGACAGAGACGGCCGGGCGCGCCCGCUGCCUGGGCACCACGCGGGGAGGACAGGCCUGGCCAGCGCGAAGUUUGUGGACUUGGGCUGUGUGGCCCGUGGGCCCCACGAGCCCCGACUCCUUUCCGCAGAGGCCUGCGACGCCGGGUCCCAGAGUUUACUAUCGCACAAGGAGGUGUGCAGGUGGGCCUCGGAGAACGAUCAGGAGCCCGACCAGCUUUUGUCCAAGCAAAGAACGUCGGUCAGGCUGGAGCAACUCAUGGAUCUGGAGUGUCUUGGCCAAGUCUGUGCUGGGUCCGGACGACCGUACCGGGAAGAGGAGAGAGAACAGAGCCCGCGGUGCCUGCGGCUUGGAGUCAGAGGGUGGUGGAGAGUCUGGGAGCCGGGGAGGCUGGGCGGGAGAGAGGGCGGCUGGUCAGGGCACUGGCAGGGUGAGGGGAGGACGGGUCACCAGAAGGCACAGCCGGGAGGCCGGCCGGAGGCAGCGGCAGGCGCUGGCGGCUCCCGGGGGGCCGGGCCCAGACCUCGAUGGGAGCUGGGGAUGGGGGAUGAGAGGGGCGCCGAGUUCCGUUGCUAGGAAACAGCGCGGCUCCUGGUCCCAAAGCUGCCAAGUGACAGUCUGUCGUCGUCGACUGGCUGGCUGUGGAGAGUGGCGAGAACCCACAGCACCUUCAACUCUGAGAGCCGAAACACAGGGGUGUGGUCUGUGGCUUUCCUGUUCUCUGCCCUUCCGUACCGGGCAUGGGACAUUGGUCACUGAGGUCAUGGACUGCCAGGCUGACCGAGAGAUUCCUAGCUGGAUGUUAAACUGGGCCCACUGCCGGCCACGAUGCGUCCGUGUGCAGUUUGCAGAGACGCCCCUGAGCCCCGAGAGAUGCAGGAGCAGGGAGGGCGGGAGACCGGACGGCGGCCCCAGAGGUGUAGGAGCCUGCCGGAGACAGGUGCUGGCCAGGUGGGGGCGACAGCGUCCGGGAGGCCACUUCUCCGCAGGCAAGUCGUCUGAGAGGCACGCCUUCACCGUCCGAGGCGUGAGUGUGCGGCAGGAGGACGAGCAGCCAGGAGCCCUCCGCUGACCGGCCAAGCUGUGUGCCCCAGUCCCCGUGUGGAGUCCUCAGCCCAGGACUCAGAGCAGGACUGCACUCGGAGACGGGGUCUCUGCAGAGGAGCUCAGUUGAGAAGAAAGCUUCCUCUGUGUAACAGUCACUUCUGAAGAAAAGGCCAAUUAAAUUGUUCCUAUGGGGCUGUGUCUCCGUUCACGUAAGAAGAAACCGUUUCUGCAGAGCGUUUCCUCCCCAGGACCGGACCUGCGUGCUGAGGAAGAAAGGCCUUUCGUUCAUUCACCGCCGGGGUCGACGGCACGGCGGUCGAGGCCGAGAGGGGACGUCGUGCACGGGCAGGAGCGUGCUCGCGGCGCGUGUGUGUGCGUGUGGCAGCAUGUGUGCGUGCGGGAGCGUGUGACUGUGCUCGUGCGUGGGAGCGUCGUACGCGGAGGGGCUCGGCCACCUCGGGAAGGAUGAGGGGGACCUGCUGUCUGUGGGGAGCAGACCCAGAGAGGGAAAACCAGCGGCCCACGCUUCGUGUGUCCUGUUCCGCAGAAGAACCGAGAACUUGCACAGAUUUCCUUGUUAAAGCUCGUGGACUCACACGCAUUUUUUAUAAAUAGAAGAGACGUACCAGUGAGACACAAGCAUCCAUGCGCAGACACUCGAGCACACGAAGGGACAGGCGCUCCCGGUCACAGUGGGCUCGCUGCCCGGCCCUUUCCUUUCCUCAGAUCCAAUCCCUGGGGGCCUGGUCGUCCCUGGGGCGUCCCGAAACCCCUGCUGUGCUCCUGCGACUCCCGGGUCUGUCCGGGGUCUUCCUGCUUCCUCCUCUUCCCCCUGGGGGCUCCGGCGAGCCGUGGCCCCUGCCAGCCCCCCGACUCCCCACCUCCUCCGCCCCAUGGGUCCCGCCCGCCAGCAGCCCCGGCGUCUCAGGUGAGACCUGUCCCCCUCUGCCCCCCGGAAUCCCCCCCGGAAGCUGGGAAGGGUGUCCGGAGGUGCUCAGAGCCUCCGGGUGCCGCAGCCCUGAAGGCUGCUUCUCCUCAUCACGAGGGAUGUUAUUUUUGUUAAAUACAUCUGCAAAACACAUCUGUUAAUUUUCUGUAUUUGUUUAUCCACAGUAAAAAUCUGAAUUAGUAACCGUUUCACACUGGAGCUCACAAAUAAACAUGCAGCC